CGAGUUAGUAGCGACAUAGUUAAACGCCUCAAUGUUGUGCAUGCCCCAGUGCCAGAUAGCAGUCUCUGUCGCCGGUUUUGUGUGCGUCUGGCUGCUUCCUUCACCGUCAACUCGGCCACAGAUUGUCCCAUCUGCCUGCUUUUACAGCGUCAAGUGAUGACAGUCGUAAUAGGCUGGCACUGCGGCCCAAGUGUCUGUCCCAGACGCCUCGGCUUGACUUCACUUCGCCCUCCUUCGACUGGCUGGCUCGUCCGGCCUUCGGCAGGAAACUUGAUCAUCUUUGUGCCGACCUCCACUCUUCGACAUCCCAAGACAUUUCCUCUUCUUCUCUCUUGCCCACAUGACCCCACCUCCUUUGCCUCCAUUCCUCAGGCUGUCGCUGCCUCGUCUGCGACUGACACAGCUAAACUGACAGACAGAAAUACACAUGUACAGAUAGAUAGAUAG